AUCUCCGAUAGAUAGUUUCAGCCAAAUCUUAUCUUUAGUUUACAUGUCAAAAUCUCGAUUCGACAUCUGAUUAUUUCAAACAUUCAGCUGAAGUAUAAAUUUCCCGCGCUGAUCGACGAUAGCGCUGGGGUGGAUAUUUAGUAAACUAAUCUGGGGAAAUAGUGAUAAAAAAAAAUAACUAUAAAUUGUAGAGUUAGCGUUUGUAAGUUGGGGACAAUAUUGUGUGUAAUCGAAUUACUGGACAGAGUGGGUGCGGUUAGGGUUUGACCACAUUUUCAAUAAGUUUAUUGUUAACUAUUAGUUUAAAUUUGAAAAUAAACCGUCAAAAUGACGAUUUUGGAAUCGUGUUGGUCGCCCAUUAUUUGGACAAAUAAUAUAAAAACUGGAAGUAAAGCGGUAGCUUUUUAUACUGUGGCAAUGAGUGUUGUUAUGAUCACACUCAUUGGUUAUCAAAUGUACGGAGGAGAUUCCACCCAACUUUAUAAUCCACUUUUUGAAGCAGAUGUAAGGUUCUCUUUACAAGCCGUCGGAGGAUUUUUUAUCGUCUACUUUUUUGUGAUGAUUGUUUCCGCAAGGUGUAUUUUUAUCGGCAUCAAUGAACGUGUCAGAGGAUGGUUACUUCCUUGGCUCAUCACCUGGUUCAUUUUUUGUGCCUUCCAAUUAGUUUUCGGGCUGUGGUUGUUAGGAGGAUAUUAUAUUUAUCUUCAAGUUGUCUUGCCGACGCUCAUUAACUGGCUUUGGAUGGGAUACAAUUUUUACUGCUGGCUAUGUGUACUGUCGGUAUACAAAUUAUUCCAGGAAAUACAGUCACCCAAUAUUGAAUUACUGUGGCCGUAAAUGAAAUUUUUUGCAAUUAUUUACAAGUGACCUUAUGAAAUUUUUUUUUAUUUUAAUAUUUUUCUCAAAGUAUUUAAAGCUUAGGUUAAUUUAGUAGUUAAGUAACCAAUUUUUACAGUGCAAAAGUGACAAUUGUUUUUUUUUAAUGUUUAUAGUGUAAGUUUAUAUUUUAUUAUACUUUUUGUUCAGUGACGAUCAAAGACUGAAAAUGGUUAGAAAACCAUCCGUCCAAAUUUGAUCUGUCGCCAUUUGUAAAUUAGAUUUACGAAGUAAUUUUUUAACAUUGUAUGAAAAAGUUUGAUAUUAUUUAGAGGUAUAUAAGCAAUUAAAUUUUUAACGAAAAAUGCACUUACAUUUUUUUUAAACUAAUUUUUAUAAACACUGUUAGGAAAAUUAUUAGAUGAUAUUUUUUAUAAAUAAACUUCUUAAAAUUUAUAAGUAUUUAUUACCAUUACUUUCAAAGUUUGGAAAAAUA